GGAGGUCUGGACGCCACUGAUGCUUUUGAAUCCAUAGGGCAUUCCGAAGAAGCUCGUGAUAUUUUGAAAAAUCUUGAAGUUGGUGAAUUGGUUGGGGGAGCUCCUCCACAAAAAGAAAAGCCUACCCCAUCAAAACCAUCACCAUCAAAGGACGAAUCAUCAAG